AUGGCGCGCCGCCUCGUGCUCAAUGGGCUGACGGCCGAGGUGGGCGGCGGGCCCGCGCCGCCAGCGCUGGGCUCCGCGCCCUGCUCGGCGCCGGGCUCGCCGGACUCGCUGGAGUUCUACCACGAGCUGGAGUUGUACCGCCAGCUGCUGGCACUGCCCGCCGCGCCUCCGGUCCUGGCCCCGGCCCCGGCCCCGGCCCCGACCCCGGUCCCAGCCCCGGCCCCGCCGCAAGAGCUCGGCCGGCGGCGCGCGCGCACUCCGGAUCCCACGCCCUCUACGAAAUACCAUGAUGAACCGCGGCGCAGUCGCACGCCAGGUGGGGGCGCGCGCGCACUGGCCCCGCCCAUGCGCCCCGCCCCCUCCCUCGCCCCUGCCAGCCCCAUCCCCACCGCUGCCGCCGUGCGCCAUGCCCGGGUAUUGGCUACCACUGUAGCGCUACGUGUGCUGGCUACAGCAGUAGCCCUACGAGUGUUGGCUACAGCAGUAGCGCUACGAGUGCUGGCUACAGCAGUAGCGGUACGAGUGCUGGCUACAGCAGUAGCGCUACGAGUGCUGGCUACAGCAGUAGCGCUACGAGUGCUGGCUACAGCAGUAGCGCUACGAGUGCUGGCUACAGCAGUAGCGCUACGAGUGCUGGCUACAGCAGCAGCGCUAGGAGUUCUGACUUAUUAA